AUGAGUCCUUUGGUUGGUUCGCUAGGCCGCUUGCCACCUGGCCCGACGCGGGACAAAGAGAAGCACGGCCCAUCCCACAGGCAGAAGCCAACAACAAGCCCAUCCCCAGGCAGGAGGGAUACGAUUGAUUACCGGGACGUCGACCAAAACGAAGCCAAGGUCAAAGUGUGUGUGAAUGUGUGUGUGUGUGUGUGUGUGUGUGCGCGCGCGUCUCUCUCUCUCUCUCUCUCUCUCUAUUAUUGGACGAGCAUGUGCUUCGAAUGGAGAUGUGUGUGUGUGUGUGUGUGUGUGUCCAGCUUGACAGGUCAACAAGACAACAAGCGAGAACAAAAGGAAUCAGUCGUUUUCUGUGUGUGUGUGUGUGUGUAA